AUGGAGCUCUUCCCCGACGGGACGCACGUGCGGCUGCGGAGCCGCGUCCACGGCACGUACCUCCACGCCGACGGGGACGGGGCGGGUGUCUCCACGAGCCCGCAGCGCGCGCCGCUGAGCGCGGCGUGGGGCGUGCACCGCGUCGCGCGCGACGGCGCCGCCUACGUGCUCCUCCGCAGCGCCGCCUACGGCCGGUACCUCGCCCUCCGGGCCCGGUCCGCGCCGCAGGGCCGCGGCCGCCGCCCCGUCCUGCGCACCUACGACGCCCCGGACCAGGACGACGUCCUCUGGGUGGUCGUCAGGGCGGGGGACGAGGGUGACGACGUCCUCUUGCGCCACGGCAGGGACGGCACGUCCUUCGUCGGCGUCACCGGGGACAACGACAGCCACGACACCCGGCGCACGCAUUGGGUGGUCGAGGCCAUCCCCCCGAGGCGGAGGCCGCCGGUCCUUCCAGCUCCAGUUCCGCUCUCCCGUCCAAUGGUGCUGUGGCGGACGAUCGCCUACGUGCGGGCGGACGAUGACGGCAACUUCGACCCGCACCCGCUUGCCAGGAGGAGGUUCAUUUUCUACGGCCGGUCCGUGUUCCAGCUGACGGGCGUCCUGUCGAUCCUUCUGCGCGAGCGGUUCUUCGGCAUCAAGCUGUGCUUGCGGGCAGGCUCCCAGGGGCGGCUGACCCCUCUGGUCGUCGACCUGCCUGCCAACGAGGAGGCAAUGGACAUCGUCGUCCUCACCGCCGGGUCACCAGCUGCUCAGGGUCAGGAGUUAGUGUACCCAGAUGUUGAUGCGUAG